GCAGCCGGGGCCGGGGCCGCGACCGCGCAGCGGGGUCGUGGCGGCGAGAAAGGGAAGGAGAAGAAGAAGGAGGAGGAGGAGGAGGGGGUCGUCAUGGCCGGGCAGCAGUUCCAGUACGAUGACAGCGGGAACACCUUCUUCUACUUCCUCACCUCCUUCGUCGGGCUCAUCGUGAUCCCGGCCACUUACUAUCUCUGGCCCCGGGACCAGAACGCCGAGCAAACACGAUUAAAAAAUAUCAGAAAAGUAUAUGGAAGAUGUUUAUGGUAUCGUUUACGGUUAUUAAAACCCCAGCCAAAUGUAAUUCCCACAAUAAAGAAAAUAAUUCUGCUUGCAGGGUGGGCAUUGUUUUUAUUCCUUGCAUACAAAGUUUCCAACAGAGAAUAUCAAGAAUACAACCCUUAUGAAGUCUUAAAUUUGGAUCCUGGGGCAACAGUAACAGAGAUUAAGAAACAAUAUCGUUUACUGUCACUUAAAUACCAUCCAGAUAAAGGAGGAGAUGAAGUGAUGUUCAUGAGAAUAGCAAAGGCCUAUGCUGCUUUAACUGAUGAAGAGUCUCGGAAAAAUUGGGAAGAAUAUGGAAAUCCAGAUGGGCCACAAGCCACAAGUUCUGGAAUUGCUUUGCCAGCUUGGAUUGUGGAUCAGAAGAACUCAAUUUUGGUUUUGCUUGUAUAUGGGUUGGCAUUUAUGGUUAUCCUUCCAGUUGUAGUGGGCUCUUGGUGGUAUAGAUCAAUACGCUAUAGUGGAGACCAGAUCUUAAUUCGCACAACUCAAAUCUAUACAUACUUUGUGUAUAAAACCCGAAACAUGGAUAUGAAACGUCUCAUAAUGGUUUUAGCUGGGGCCUCUGAAUUUGAUCCUCAGUAUAAUAAAGAUGCCACAAGCAGACCAGCUGAUAAUAUUCAGAUACCACAGCUAAUCAGAGAAAUUGGCAGUAUUAAUUUAAAGAAGAAUGAGCCUCCACUUACUUGCCCGUACAGCUUGAAGGCCAGAGUUCUUUUACUAUCUCAUCUUGCUAGGAUGAAAAUUCCUGAAACACUUGAAGAAGAUCAACAAUUUGUCCUGAAAAAAUGCCCUGCCUUACUUCAAGAAAUGGUUAAUGUAAUCUGUCAACUAAUAAUAAUGGCUCGGAGCCGUGAAGAAAGGGAGUUUCGUGCUCCAACUUUGGGAUCCCUGGAAAACUGUAUGAAGCUUUCCCAGAUGUCUGUUCAAGGGCUUCAGCAAUUUAAAUCUCCCCUUCUUCAGCUCCCUCAUAUUGAAGAGGACAAUCUUAGAAGGGUUUCUAAUCAUAAAAAGUUUAAAAUCAAAACUAUCCAGGAUUUAGUGAGUUUAAAAGAAUCUGAUCGCCGCAACUUACUACACUUCCUAGAAGAUGAAAAAUAUGAAGAAGUUAUGGCUGUCCUUGGGAGUUUUCCAUUUGUGACAAUGGACAUAAAAUCACAGGUAUUAGAUGAUGAAGAUAGCAAUAAUAUCACAGUAGGAUCUCUUGUCACAGUAUUGGUCAAAUUGACAAAGCAGACAAUGGCAGAAGUAUUUGAAAAGGAACAGUCCAUCUGUGCUGCAGAAGAGCAGCCAGCAGAAGAUGGGCAAGGUGAUGCAAACAAAAAUAAGAGUAAAGGAUGGCAGCAGAAGAGUAAAGGACCUAAGAAAACUGCUAAAUCAAAAAAAAAGAAACCUUUGAAAAAAAAGACAGCAUCUGUUCCAUUGCCUCAGACAAAGCAGCAGAAGCAAAAGCAGGCAAAUGGGAUUGUUGGGAGUGAAGCUGCCAUAAAAGAAAAUGAAGAUGACAUAUCUGACAAAGGCAGUGACUCUGAGGAAGAAGAAACAAAUAAGGACUCCCAAAGUGAAAAAGAUGAUGGAAGUGACCGAGACUCUGACAGAGAACAAGAUGAAAAACAAAACAAAGAUGAUGAAGCAGAGUGGCAAGAAUUGCAACAAAGUAUACAGCGGAAGGAAAGAGCUCUGCUAGAAACCAAAUCAAAGAUAACACACCCGGUUUACAGUCUUUACUUUCCUGAGGAAAAACAGGAGUGGUGGUGGCUUUAUAUUGCUGAUAGAAAGGAACAAACAUUGAUCUCUAUGCCAUAUCACGUGUGCACAUUAAAAGAUAUGGAAGAGGUAGAACUGAAAUUCCCUGCUCCAGGAAAACCUGGAAAUUAUCAGUAUACAGUGUAUCUAAGAUCAGAUUCCUAUAUGGGUUUGGACCAGAUUAAACCAUUGAAGUUGGAAGUUCAUGAAGCUAAGCCAGUGCCAGAAAAUCAUCCACAAUGGGAUACAGCAAUAGAGGGAGAUGUAGACCAGGAAGAUAGUGAAGGCUUUGAAGAUAGUUUUGAAGAAGAAGAGGAGGAAGAAGAUGAUGAUGACUAAACAAUACUCUGAACUGACUACACUCUUUGCACACAUUUGCAAACUUCUUGCUCUUAUGCUGGAACUGUACAGUAAACCAGAAACACAGUGCAAAAAGUGUUGUUGAGGAAAGUUGUUUAGUUUUUUUUGCCUAGUACGAGUGCAUUAUGUAACUUGCCAGUGGAAGUCUAGCAAUAUUUUGCCAUGGGUACAACCUGGAAGAUGCUUGUGGCUUAUUUAAGCCUCUUAAAUUGUGGGAUGGUGCAUUUAUUUCAACAAAAGAAAAAAACAUGGUAAUAAAUCUUUUUUUAUUAUAA